AUGGCGUCUGCUUCGUCUACGUCGAAUUCGAGACCUUCCAAAAAUCCCCAACCUGCCCAAACAUCCGGUCAGCAAAUGAAACCUCCCCUCUCCAACAAUGCCGUUUAUACGAGGGUGGCCCGCCAAGUGACCUGCAAGUACUGUGGCAAUGAGGUCCAAACUUUGAUUGAUUAUUCACCCGGUGUUGGUGCUUUCUUGCUCUGCGGUAGUCUGUUCGUUUUGGGUUUCGUAUUCGGUUGCUGUCUAAUUCCUCUGCUGCUAGACAGUUGCCGAGACGUCAAACACUACUGCCCUAAUUGUGGCAAGCUGCUAGGCAGGCGGGAUCUUCUUUAA